CCAUGCACCAGCGCAAGCAGACGACUAGCGUGGCGGCCGCGCCGGCCGCUAGCCCCGAGCCCGCGAAGAAGGCCUUUAGCUACGAGUUUGGCGGCCCGCUCGGCGCCGUCUUUAUCAUGCUCAUCCUGCCCGCGGUCGUCGUCUUCCUCGUCCGCGGCUGCAACGCGUCGUACUGCGUCGACAACCGCUUCGACUUUGCCGAGCUCUACGCGCAGGUGACGGCGCCGAUCGUAGCCUCCGAGUUUGUCAACGCCAAUGCGAUCGCGGUCGUCUUUGGCUGGUUUGGCUUCCAAGUGCUCCUCGAGCGGCUUGUACCCGGCGCGUACCACGACGGCGUGCUCCUCCCGACCAAGACGCGCCUCACGUACAAGGUCAACGGCCACGUGUGCUUUUGGCUCUCGAUGGCGGCGGCGGCGGCGCUCCACGUCUACGUCACGCCGCUCUCGUACGUCUACGACCACUACCUCCAGCUCGCGGUCGGCUCGAUGCUCCUCUCGGGCGCCAUUAGCAUCUUCGUCUACCUCUUCUCGUUCCGCGCCAACGACGUGCUCUGCGCCGAGCAAGGGUCGUCGCCGUCGCACGUCUUCAACUUUUUCAUUGGCCGCGAGCUCAACCCGCGCAGCGCGCUCACGCAGACGUUCGACCUCAAGUACUUUUGCGAGCUCCGGCCGGGCUUGAUUGGCUGGGCAGUUCUCAACCUCGGCUUGCUCGCCAAGCAGUACGAGCUCCAUGGCGAAGUCACGCUCUCGAUGGCCAGCGUCGUCUUUUUCCAAAACCUCUAUGUCUGGGACGCGCUCUUCCAUGAAAAGUGCGUCUUGACGACCAUGGACAUCACAACUGACGGGUUUGGCUACAUGCUCGCGUUCGGCGACAUGAUGUGGGUCCCGUUCACGUACACGCUCCAGGCGCGCUACCUCGUGGACCGGGACCCGCACCUGAGCGCCGCGAGUCUCGCCGCCAUCAUUGCGCUCAACAUCCUUGGGUACGCCAUCUUCCGCGGCGCCAACGCGCAGAAAGAUGCGUUCCGCACCGACCCCAACGGCGCCAACGUCGCGCACCUCAAGUUCCUGGCGACCAAGCGCGGCACGAAGCUGCUCAUCUCGGGCUGGUGGGGCAUGGCCCGCAAGAUCAACUACACGGGCGACUGGUGCAUGGGCCUGGCGUGGUGCGCGUACUGCGGGUCGGGCACGCUCCUGGUGUAUUUUUACGCGAUUUACUUUGCCAUUUUGCUCGUCCACCGCGCCUUCCGUGACGAUGCCGCGUGCCACGAAAAGUACGGCGACGACUGGACCACGUACAAGGCGCACGUCAAGGCCAUUUUCAUCCCUCGCGUGCUCUAGUCUUCCUUCUCGAAGCGCAAAUAGAGUUCUUUGGCGACGAGCCAUCCGAG